AUGCGUGACAUCAAAGUAAAAGCUAGUUCUAAGUCACCUCAUGAAGAAGAAGAAGUUCAGAUAUCUUCGUCCUCGAGCGUUAAAUCAACACCAGAGAUCGAGAAAAAGUAUGUUCAUCGUGUUUACGACGCAAUUGCUCCACAUUUCAGCUCCACGAGGUUCGCAAAGUGGCCUAAAGUCGCCGCCUUUCUUGAAUCACUGCCUUCUGGAUCUGUGAUUCUCGACGCAGGUUGCGGAAACGGCAAGUAUCUGGGGUUAAACCCUAAUUGUUUCUUCAUAGGCUGCGACAUAAGCAACCCGCUGAUCAAAAUCUGUUCUGAGAAAGGGCAAGAGGUUCUUGUUGCAGACGCUGUGAAUCUUCCUUACAGAGAGGGGUUUGGCGACUCGGCGAUCUCCAUAGCGGUUUUGCAUCACUUGAGCACGGAGAACAGAAGGAAGAAAGCCAUUGAAGAACUCGUUAGAGUGGUUAAACCUGGAGGGUUCGUUCUCAUAACGGUUUGGGCUGCAGAGCAGGAAGACAAAACGUUGCUCACUAAGUGGACACCUUUGUCGCCAAAGUAUGUUGAGGAAUGGGUCGGGCCAGGUAGUCCAAUGAACAGCCCUCGUGUGAGGAACAACCCGUUCUUUGGUCUUGAGAGCAUUCCUGAGACGGAAGUGAGUGCAAAGGAGCAGAAGGUUGAGAACAGUCUCGAGAGCAUUCCAGAGAUUGAGGAGAGCGCGAGAGAGCAAAAGGCUGAGAGCAUCCCAGAGGAAAAGGAUGAGAAGUCUGUUGAAGAAUCAUUGAAGGCUAUGAAGAUGAAUCAGCAAGAGUACUUUGUUCCGUGGCAUUUACCGUACCACCGUGCUGAAGUGAGUGGUGCAUCUGCGUCUGCACUUGCGAGUGGGCUUGCGAAGAAAGACGAUAGAAAAGGAGCUGUUGUGUACAACAGAUACUACCAUGUCUUCAGUGAAGGCGAGCUUGAAAGGUUGGCAUUUGGAGCAGGCAAUGCGGUGAUAGUUGAUAGAUUUUACGACAAGUCCAAUUGGUGUAUUGUUCUUCAGAAAGCAGCAGCUUCAAACCAGGAUUGA